ACCGCUCCCAGUAACAUUCUUCCAUUAAUCUUCCUUGGUUUUGUGAUUCUUAUAAAUUAAAGUCUUCUUCUUCUUCUUCCUGGCCUUCUGGGUUAUCCUAAAGAUUUGAUUUUUGGAUCAUUACAAGUCCAAUGGCUUCCAUUUUGAGGACUUGGGUAGUCUUCAGUCUGUUUCUGGGUGUUUUUCUUGCAGAAAUUGGUAUCUGCAUUUCUGCAAAGGUCCAUAUAGUGUAUAUGGGAAGCGCGACGGGUGAAGACCCAGAUGGUGGUCUGAACCGCCACCACCAAAUGCUGGCCGCUGUCCAUGGUGGAAGCAUCGAGAAAGCGCAGGUGUCUCAUGUUUACAGUUACAGACAUGGUUUCAGAGGCUUUGCAGCUAAGUUAUCCGAGGACCAAGCUUCACAAAUUGCCAAAAUGCCCGGCGUGAUCUCUGUGUUUCCGAAUGCAAAAAGAAGGUUGCACACAACUCAUUCAUGGGAUUUCAUGGGCCUCGCUGGAGAUGAAGCGACGGAGAUUCCAGGGUAUUCCACCAGUAGCCAGGUCGAUCUCAUCGUUGGCUUCAUUGACACAGGAAUUUGGCCUGAAUCGCCGAGUUUUAGUGAUACUGACAUGCCUCCAGUACCAGCUAGAUGGAAGGGGAAAUGUCAAUCAGGGGAGGGAUUUAAUUCUUCAUCUUGCAACAGGAAGGUUAUUGGAGCAAGGUACUACAUGAGUGGAUAUGAAGCUGAAGAGGAUUCAACAUCUGCAGUGUCAUUUAGAUCUCCAAGGGAUAGCUCGGGCCAUGGCAGCCACACAGCCUCCAUAGCUGCUGGUCGUUAUGUGGCAAACAUGAAUUAUGAAGGGUUGGCUGCUGGGGGAGCUAGAGGAGGUGCACCAAUGGCAAGGAUUGCAGUAUACAAGACUUGUUGGGACUCUGGUUGUUAUGAUGCUGACUUACUAGCUGCCUUUGAUGAUGCAAUUAAAGAUGGGGUUCACAUUUUGUCUGUCUCUUUGGGUCCUGCAGCUCCCCAGGGAGAUUACUUCGAUGAUGCCAUCUCCAUUGGGUCUUUCCAUGCUGUUAACCAUGGAAUUUUGGUAGUUUCUUCUGUUGGAAAUGAAGGGUUCAAAGGUUCUGCCACUAACCUUGCCCCCUGGAUGAUCACUGUGGCUGCUAGUUCAACAGACAGGGAAUUUACAUCUGAUAUUGUUAUGGGAGACGGUACUAACUUUACGGGAGUAAGUCUCAGCCUCACUGGAAUGGAUGCCUCUGCCAGGAUUAUCUCUGCUUCUGAAGCCUAUGCAGGAUACUUUACUCCUUACCAAUCCAGUUACUGUUUAGACAACUCCUUGAAUGGUACCAAAGCCAUAGGGAAAAUUUUGGUUUGUCGACAUGCUGAGGGCUCGACAGAGUCGAAGCUGGCAAAGGCCGAGAUCGUGAAAAAAGCUGGUGGAGUUGGGAUGAUUCUCAUUGAUGAGGCAGAUAAGGAUGUCGCUGUGCCUUUUAAGAUCCCUUCGGCUAUAGUUGGAACAGUGACAGGAGACAAUAUCCUUUCUUACAUUAAUCACACAAGCAACCCAACCUCGAAGAUUCUUCGUGCAAAGACUGUUUUGGGAUCUCGGCCAGCACCCCGUGUGGCAGCAUUUUCUUCAAAGGGUCCGAAUUCUUUAACCCCAGAAAUCUUGAAGCCUGAUGUCACCGCCCCUGGAUUGAACAUCCUGGCAGCCUGGUCACCAGCAGCAGUUGGGAAUAUGCAAUUCAACAUCCUUUCCGGAACUUCCAUGGCUUGUCCACACAUAACAGGAAUAGCAACCUUGAUUAAAGCUGUCCAUCCUUCAUGGUCGCCCUCUGCUAUUAAAUCUGCAAUAAUGACGACAGCAACCAUCCUGAACAAGAAACACAGGCCCAUCACAGUGGAUCCUGACAGAAGAAGGGCAAGUGCCUUUGAUUAUGGAUCAGGCUUUGUAAACCCCAGAAGAGUCCUUGAUCCUGGCCUCAUCUAUGACCUACAACCAGAAGACUACAAAACAUAUCUCUGCUCCAUUCAUUAUGAUGAAAAGUCCAUCCGGUUGAUUACAGGAGACAGAAGCACAUGUAAUGAGACAUUACCUACGGUGUCUGACCUCAAUUAUCCAUCCAUCACCGUGGCUAAUCUCAAAGACAACUUCUCUGUAAAGCGAACAGUGACAAAUGUGGGAAAACCGAGCAUUUACCAAGCAAUUGUGUCUGCUCCUCGUGGCAUCAAUGUUACCGUGGUACCAAACCAGUUGAUCUUCAACAGCUAUGGCCAGAAGAUGAAUUUUGCCGUGCAUUUCCAGGUAGCUGCUCCAAAGAACGGCUAUGGAUUUGGAUUUUUGUGCUGGAAGAAUGGAAAGACACAGGUCACAAGUCCUCUGGUAGUCCAUGUUAGGUCUUCUGACAAGGGAUUGAUGAGAUAACUGAGAUUAUUCUACUAAACACAGGUUAUGAGCAUUGAGAUUCUUCUUACAGAAACAAACAUACAUAAUCAAAGACAAAUGCAAAUGCAGAUGCAGAGUCAAUAAAAAAUCAGAAAGAGUUAGCAACGGACCAAAUCCAAAUGCAUUAAUUAAUUAACAGCAAAAUGAUUAUUAUAUGAAUCCAACAAGUAUAUUCUGUCUGAUAAUUUUCCAGGAUACUUCCACAAGAAGACUUUCCAUGUUUGAAGUCAUUCAAUUGCAUCAAAGUUUUAUCUUUGAAUCUGUACUCAUUCACUCAAUGUUGGAUGCCCUAAACAUUGUUUUAAUCAAUAUUUUUUCUUUAA